GAGCACUCUCAAGAGAGAGCCACACACCCACCUCCAGCAGCCGAAUCGCCACAACCCAGCAGGCCAGCAAUUGCAGCAGCAGCAGCAGGACGAACCGCCAAUCACAAAGCACCUUGGAGAACUGCAGGAUGCAGAUGUCUCCAGCUUUUGCCUGCUUAGCCCUGGGCCUGGCCCUGGUCUUUGGUGAAAGGUCCACCUUGCACCCUCAAGAGUCCCAGAUGGCCCAACUGGCCACAGACUUUGGAGUGAAGGUGUUUCAGCAGGUGGCACAGGCCUCCAAGGACCGCAAUGUGGUUUUCUCUCCCUAUGGGGUGGCCUCGGUGCUGGCCAUGCUGCAGCUGACAACAGGAGGAGGAACCCGGCAGCAGAUCCAAGCGGCCAUGGGAUUUAAGAUUGAUGAGAAGGGCAUGGCCCCCGCCCUCCGUCACCUGUACAAGGAGCUUGUGGGACCAUGCAACAAGGAUGAGAUCAGCACCACUGAUGCCAUCUUUGUCCAGCGGGAUCUGAAGCUGGUCCAGGGCUUCAUGCCCCACUUCUUCAGCCUGUUCCGAAGCACUGUCAAGCAAGUGGACUUUUCAGAGGUGGAAAGAGCCAGAUUCAUCAUCAAUGACUGGGUGAAGAGACACACAAAAGGUAUGAUCAGUGACUUACUUGGGGAAGGGGCCGUGGACCAGCUGACGCGCCUGGUGCUGGUGAAUGCCUUCUACUUCAAUGGCCAGUGGAAGAUGCCCUUCCCAGACUCAGGAACCCACCGCCGCCUCUUCCACAAGUGCGAUGGCAGCACCGUCUCUGUGCCCAUGAUGAGUCAGACCAACAAGUUCAACUACGCUGAGUUUACCACCCCUGAUGGCCAUUACUACGACAUCCUGGAACUGCCCUACCACGGGGACACCCUCAGCAUGUUCAUCGCUGCCCCCUAUGAGAAAGAGGUGCCACUCUCUGCCCUCACCAGUGUCCUGGAUGCCCAGCUCAUCAGCCAGUGGAAAGGCAAUAUGACCAGACUGCCCCGCCUCCUGGUUCUGCCCAAGUUCUCCCUGGAGAGUGAAGCUGACCUCAGGAGGCCCCUGGAGAACUUGGGGAUGACUGACAUGUUUAGGCCAGACCAGGCAGACUUCUCGAGUCUUUCAGACCAAGAGCUUCUCUAUGUGUCGCAGGCACUGCAAAAAGUAAAGAUUGAGGUGAACGAGAGCGGUACAGUGGCCUCCUCCUCCACAGCCAUCCUAGUCUCAGCCCGAAUGGCCCCUGAGGAGAUCAUCAUGGACAGACCCUUCCUCUUUGUGGUUCGGCACAACCCCACAGGAACAGUCCUUUUCAUGGGCCAAGUGAUGGAACCCUGACCAUGGGCAGAGAAGCCCUCUUCUGGGACAAAACUGGAGAUGCAUUAAAAAGAAGAAGCUCUGAUGAAGUGCACUUUUGCUUUAAUGACUCUUUCUGGAGAAAGAGAAAACAUUUGCCUUUUUCUGAAAAAUGGUAAAUUUUUCAAAUCUGCCACCUAGACCUCAGCCUCUCCCAAGAGUGGGAGAGAGGACCUUGGCUCCAGACUCCCUAGUCAGAGCCCUUGGGAGAGAACUCUGAUGCACAACUCCCAGGAGGUCUCCAACCCAGACUGUAAAACUUGCAGGAUCAUUUGCACAGCUGCUUCAGCCCAUGUCUCUGCCCAUUCAGAUCUUCAGACCUGGUUGACACUGAUGCCCUAGCAGCAUGGAACCACAGACUUACAGGAGUGUUUGUAUACUUGGUAGAAACAAUUUAUGUUCUGGUCACGUUGCCGUCACUCUUGCACUGUCUGCCACUGCUGAGGAGGCUGGCAACAGGCCAAAGAAGGCCAGUGGAAGAAACACCCUUUCAUCUCGAGGUGCAUCCCAGCACUGACCAUCCUUCCCUGGCUCAGAGGUGCUGCGGACUGGCAGAUCAAAUGCCCACCCAGUGCUGAGACUCCCUUCUCCCCCCAAGCCUGGGCAUUUCCCUCCCCAGAAACAGUGUGCAUAUACUAUUUUGGAGUGUAGGUGACUUGUUUACUCACAGAAGCAGGUUUUUGCUUCCACAAACUUUGUUUUUCAGGAAUAGAGGAAGAAAGGUCAGAUGUGUGCCUGGCUCUGCCGCCAAUCUCCUGGUGGAGAGGGUAGGAGCCAGAGGUGUCCUUGAAUAUUUAUCGCAUCGUUGCCCCUGUAUGCUUGUUAGAGAGAAAAAGGACUAUUAAGGAAAAAGAAUUAUUUAAGCUUUCUCACAAUGUUUCUCUGUGGUCUGCGUCAUUGCAUCUCAGGAGUCUGACCAGUUGACCAUCACAUCCCUCUGGGUGCCAAGCAUGAUGGGGCCCGCACUGCCACCUGGUGGCUGCCUGAACCCCCUGCUCCUCUGGUUUUCUUGCCUUUCUACUGGAUGGAUUAGGGCCCCUGCCAAGAUGAUCCAACUGCAGCCCACUUUAGGAAUCAAAGGAUGGGGUGGGGGAGAGAGACUUGAGCGAGGACAAAGUGGUUUCAAAUUUUUCCAGUAUAUUUAGGAGCAGAAAUGCAAGGGGCUACAUGACCUACCAGGACAGAACUUUCCCCAAUUACAGGGUGACUCACAGCUGCAUCAGUGACUCACUUCAAUGUGUCAUUUCCGGCUGCUGUGUAUGAGCAGUGGACAUGUGAGGGCGGGGGCACAAUGAAAGAGACAGCGAGCUUGGACUCAACUACCUUAGUUAGAUAAUCUUUUUGAAAACCUACUAGCUAGGGGGUAUGGCGUAAAGACUGAUUUAUUGAAGAAUUGCACAUAGAUGUGAAAUGAAUGUAAUCUAAAAGAAGUCUAGUCAUUCUACCACGCUCUUCACUGAAAAAUCCUCAUUCUUUGAUUUUUUUUUUUCUUUUUCCAUGAUGCAUUGGAUGAUGACAGCCAAACACAGCACCUACUUGGGGUUCCCAAACGUGGGGUCUCAAAUAUUCUUGAGAUGGUGUUGAGUUAUAUGUCUUUUCACUUUUGAUAUAUACACAAGUAAAAAUGUUUCAAAAAAUAAUAAAAUAAAUAAAUACAAAGAA